CCAGGCGGGGAGCUCAGCUUCGGGUCUCAUUUCAUUUAGGGGGUAGGACAUGUCUUUGGGCCAACUCGAGAUUAAACUUCGCACAUGGUGAUCGUGCGUGGGUGGGUGUGGAGUCGACCUCCGCAUGUGACACGGGAGAGUGCAUUAGACGAGUGGUUGCCGGAGGAUGCCUGCCUGCAAGGUUGCCUUGGGUUCCACCUCGUGACAGCACCGGAAAAUUGGUGCGUUUAGGGGUGUCACCGGUUCACCACCUCCUGCUUGCGAAGCCUCGGGGCUUUUGAGCUUGUAUUAGAUUCAGACCUCGGAAUGGUGACUCCGCCAGCAAGCAGGCCAUGAAACGGGUGCGCACGGAGCAGAUUCAGAUGGCAGUGUCCUGCUACCUCAAGCGCCGGCAGUACGCGGACUCCGACGGGCCCCUGAAGCAGGGGCUGAGGCUGUCCCAGACUGCCGAGGAGAUGGCGGCCAAUCUCACAGUCCAGUCGGAGUCUGGCUGUGCCAACGUUGUGUCUGCAGCCCCGUGCCAGGCAGAGCCGCAGCAGUAUGAAGUGCAGUUUGGACGGCUACGGAAUUUUCUCACCGAUUCUGAUUCCCAACAUAGCCACGAAGUGAUGCCUCUCCUCUAUCCUCUCUUUGUCUACCUCCACCUCAACCUGAUCCAGAACAGCCCGAAGAGCACAGUGGAGAGCUUUUACAGCCGCUUCCACGGGAUGUUUCUGCAGAAUGCCACCCAGAAGGACGUCAUCGAGCAGCUGCAGACCACGCAGACCGUCCAGGACAUCCUGUCCAACUUCAAGCUUCGAGCAUUCCUAGACAACAAGUAUGUGGUCCGUCUCCAAGAAGACAGCUACAACUACCUUAUCCGCUACCUCCAGAGUGACAACAACACUGCCCUGUGCAAGGUCCUCACCCUGCACAUACACCUCGACGUGCAGCCUGCCAAGAGGACGGACUACCAGCUCUACGCCGGCUCCUCCCGCAGCGAGAGCAACGGCCUGGAGCCCCCCGACGUGCCCAGCCCCAUUCUGCAGAAUGAGGCUGCCCUGGAGGUCCUGCAGGAGAGCAUCAAGCGCGUCAAGGACGGGCCGCCCUCCCUCACCACCAUCUGCUUCUAUGCCUUCUACAACACGGAGCAGCUGCUCAACACGGCAGAGAUCUCCCCGGACAGCAAGCUGCUCGCUGCUGGGUUUGACAACUCCUGUAUAAAACUUUGGAGUCUACGAUCCAAGAAGUUGAAGUCUGAGCCCCAUCGAGUGGACGUGUCCCGCAUCCACUUGGCUUGUGAUGUUCUGGAGGAGGAGGAGGAGGAGGACGAGAACGCAGGCACAGAGAUGAAGACCCUGCGGGGCCACUGCGGCCCGGUGUACAGCACGAGGUUCCUCGCAGACAGCUCAGGGUUGCUCUCUUGUUCGGAAGACAUGUCCAUCAGGUACUGGGACCUGGGCAGCUGCACCAACACCGUCUUGUACCAGGGGCAUGCCUACCCAGUGUGGGACCUGGACAUCAGCCCCUACAGCCUGUACUUCGCCAGUGCGUCCCACGACCGCACCGCCAGGCUGUGGUCAUUCGAUCGGACGUACCCGCUGCGGGUAUACGCGGGCCACCUGGCAGACGUGGACUGUGUCAAGUUCCACCCGAACUCAAACUACUUAGCCACUGGCUCGACCGACAAGACCGUCCGGCUGUGGAGCGCCCAGCAGGGGAACUCGGUGAGGCUCUUCACCGGCCACCGUGGCCCUGUGCUCGCCCUCGCCUUUUCCCCCAACGGUAAGUACUUGGCUUCGGCCGGCGAGGACCAGCGGUUGAAGCUGUGGGACUUGGCCUCUGGGACGCUUUACAAAGAACUGAGACGCCACACGGACAACAUCACCAGCCUCACCUUCAGUCCGGACAACGGCCUGAUCGCGUCGGCCUCCAUGGACAACUCUGUGCGCGUUUGGGACGUCAGGAACACUUACUGCAGCACGCCCGCCGAUGGCUCCUCCAGCGAGCUUGUGGGCGUCUACACCGGGCAGAUGAGCAACGUCCUGAGCGUGCAGUUCAUGGCCUGCAACCUGCUUCUGGUGACUGGGAUUACACAAGAAAAUCAGGAACAUUAAUUUUGUAUCUUCGUUGGCGCCACCAGGGCUGUGGCGGAAGGCCACAAUUACAGUCCUGGGACAAGCCGAGAUCGAAUCACUGACUGACUGUGGAAGAGCCCCCGCCUGCCCUUCCUCCCGGGACCCCAUCCAGUAGGCGCCCCUCUGUUCAGCCCCUCAGUGUCCAUGGACUGUGGAGCCAGGGGGUCAGUGGCCAGAGGACAAGAGAUCAAGAAUUAGGAUGUUUCAAGGAAGAUCUUGAGUUCUCAGAGACCUGCCACGACCACACUGCCCGCCUCAGCUUCCCCACUGUGGGGCUGGGUGUGGCGGGGGUCGCAGAGCACUCUCAGGAGGGGCAGUGCGACGAGGGUCAGGUGCGGUCUGUCCCUCAGUGGAAGCGAAGUCCUUAGUAAUGGAGGGGUGUGGGGACAGGGGCUAGGAAAGGGGAGGGGAUGAUCCUGGCCAGAAGUCUUUCCUUCCCAUAUUUAUAGAGAUCCAGGAUUUUUUUUAUUGUUAUUAUAAUUAUAAUUAUUAUUAUUAUUGAGAAGAGGAAACCUAGCACUGGCAGAGGGGACCGUCUCUGCAUUUAUCUUUCAGGUCUGACUCCUGGCACUGGCUGUGAUACUUGGAAUUUUGAGGUUCAGGGAAUUCAGAGAAUUUGGUAGCACAGUGUAUUGGGAGAAAGGGAAACGCCGGGGUGGGUCUACAACUCCGGCCGCUGUGUUUCUGGAAGGGGCGGGUGGGUUUGAUCAAGAACACUGCGGGCUCUUGCAGUGAUGGUGGGAAAGGAAGAUCUUCACAGCUGCACUCAUAUUGACUCUCCCCCCUGAAAUGAAAGAGUAUGGUAGAGGAUAAUUUGGAGCGAUAAGUCACAAGAUAGGCUAGAACGAUGCUGAGGCUCUCGAAGCCCGUUCAUCCAGAGGUGUGCUUCCUGCUGCCGUCCUCCUGCGGCGACGCGCCACCUCCUGCACUGCGAGACCAGUCUGACGGACACUUGGUGGGACAGACUGUGAGUACCUGCUCACCGUAGCAAACGGUGCUAAGGGUAAAGCGAGUUCUAAUUUGUGGGAAAAGGAUUAAAUAUUUCUGUUUUCUGAAAAGAGUUAUUUUGUAUUUUGUUUUCUAUUAAAAUGUAUUUAGUUUCAAAAAAGUGAGUGUUAGCAUCUCAUUUAAGCUCUGAGGACAGGCAAGUGGUGUGGUCUUUCUGGGUGGCACCUCGCCUCUCUUCCGAGGAGUUGCAGCAAGUAGGCC